CUAGCGAUACUCCUGUCACUCUGACACACAUACACCUGGAUGAAAAGUCCUGAGUAUAACUGGUCAUUGAAAAGAUUGUUUUGAAGGCUUUGGCAAAUCCUAUUCAGUAGGCAAUCAACCGUGCUGGCCAAUACGGGAAUCAAUUAAGAUUCAUUUACGCGUGCUCCUCGCAUCAAGCCCUUGAGGUUCAGUAAUCGGAACCAACAAAUCUGCGAAUGGUACAUCUCUUCCAAGCAAGCUGACACCAUCCAGAAUUUAAUCAGCUCGCGCAACCGAGAUGGACGUAAGUCGUCUAAUCCUCGAUAGCAUCUCGCAUCUCGCAAGAUACAGAUGUUUGAGGGUUGGCUCAUGUCCUAUUCUCUCUCGUCUCCUUCCUCGUUUUCUCCGUCAUCUCCGGCCGGCCCUAUCAUCUGCCCAUUGGGAUUGGGAUUGCUAUUCAGCGGACGUUUUACCCCACACGACGCAUCUGCGCACAUCGCGGCCGCCAAAUCCGUCGGAAAAUCGCCAAUUAAUGCCUCGAGGUUUUCCACGCGUUGGUCACCUGCACGGAUUUACGUGCGUGGUCUUGAGAAAAUCACCAUGAUCGACGGCUCUAGCGCACGGAAACAAAUCAGAAUGGGAAAGCUAUCACAUCGUGUGAUCUACCGCCAAGCAACAUUUAAUCUUCUCGACGCGAGGCGUAUCAAGGUAGUGAGUCAUUCCCAGCAGAGUGACACAGGAGAACUUGUGUCAAAAGGCGAACUACCUAUGAUCCAUCCUUCUUAUCCAGUCAUGUGCAUACGCAGAAAGGUAAUCUCGGGGUUCUUGGGUACACUGUAA